AAAGAGGGUUUAGCAAAACCCUAGAAAGCUAAAUCAGCGCGAGGAAGAAGAAAGCUCCAAUUUCUCAAUCAUGGCGAUCUUUAUGAGGCGGGCAUUAAUCUCCUAUCGCAAUGUAUCUAUCAUCUUACGUUCCUCAACUUCUCAGGCGCGCCACUUCGCGUACUUAGUAGAUGGCACUUCUGCUAGCCUCCUCCGUCGCACCGCCACUUCUGGCGCCACCUCUUACUUUCCGGCAACGAAUUCCCUUCUCAGAAGCUGUAGAGGCUUCGCUAAAGGAAGAAAGAACUUGAGGGAAGAUGUAGAUUGUAAUGAGAGCACAGCAGAGCUUGUGAAUGUCGGUCCGUCAAUUAAGGCUACUGCAAUUUCACAGAUGGAGGCAGCUAUAGAUUCCUUAUCUCGAGAUCUGACAAAAUUACGAACUGGAAGAGCAUCAACAGGAAUGUUGGAUCAUAUUGUAGUUGAAAGUGACGGCGUAUCAUUGCCUCUUAGUAGGAUGGCUGCUGUUUCGGUUUUAGAUUCAAAAACGCUGUCGGUUACUCCUUAUGAUCCAAAUACAUUGAAAUCUUUGGAGAAAGCUAUCAUUUCUUCUCCACUGGGGUUAAAUCCUAAGGUGGAUGGUGAGAGAUUAGUUGUGCUUAUACCCCCGCUGACAAAGGAACAUAUGCAGGCUGUGUGCAAGGUGGUAGGCAAAUCAUCUGAAGAUGUUAAACAAAGUGUAAGAAGAGCUCGCCAGAAGGCACUGGACACUUUAAAGAAAUAUACACCCAAAAAGAAGGACAAAGAUAAGUCUGGUUCAACUUUCUCUGCAGAUGAUGCAAAAAGAUUGGAAAAGGAAAUCGACGACUUGACUAAGAAGUUUAUAAAGUCUGCAGAAGAUAUUUGUAAAGCAAAGGAAAAGGAAAUAACCAGUGGCUGAUUGGAGUGUUUGGUAAGAUAGAAAGUAGUGGAGAAAUGUAGAGAGAAAGAGUGAAGAAAAUGAUUCUUCCCUUGUUUGGUUCACCAAAGACAGACCAAGGGAGGAAGUAAUUGCAUGCAUAUCUUAUCAUAUCAUAUCUGUUCUUUCUAGGCCUAAGUGAGAACAGGAAGAAAGCUCAAUCUUUUUUUGGCAUUCCCAUUUUACCCUUUGUAUUUUAAAUUUUUAUUUUCAAACAACACCCAAUUCUUUCUCUUCUUUUUCCUUUUUUUUUUUGUUUCUCACUUGUGCAGUACCAAACAAUGCAUAACACUCGCUCACUUUUCCUUUC